CUCUUUGGGGCUUUUAGGUGGAAAAGGCCACGGAGUUCUCGGCCACGGGCAAGCCUGGGCUUGCUUCUCCUCCAGCAGGUGAAAUAGGGGGGUGCGGCCUUAAGAGCCCGCCCCUCGGACGGCCACCAGAGCUACGGCCGGCCCCCCACGGCUCCCGCCCGCCACUGACGUUCCAGGGUUCGGGCCUCGGCUGCAUCCGCAGCCCGCCCCCCCGCAGGAAGCCGAGCCGGCGUCAGGAGACUCUUGCGGAAGCGCCGAAGCCUGUGCGCAAUUGGCCGGCGCGCCCAGCCCGGGCUCCAUGGUGCCCGUGCGCGCGUGGGUCCGGCUGCUGCUGAAGCCCCUCAGCCCCGGGGCGGGGCUGCAUCCCCGCGGGCCCGGGCUAGCACCUGCACCAGGCCGCGGGAGACUCCGCCCCCUGGCCCCGCUGGUGCGUGAGCUGCACCUCCGCCCCCCAGGGCUGACAAUGGCUUCGGGCUCCGAGGGGCAGCUGCAGCCCGCUCCGCCCUCUGGUUGGCCCACGGAUAAAUAUGAGAAAAAUGGAAGGAACGGAAAGUUAAUGAUCUGUAUCGAAGGUAAUAUCGCAAGUGGGAAGACGACAUGCCUGGAGUACUUUUCUAAAACAACGGACAUUGAGGUUUUGACAGAGCCCGUCUCUAAAUGGAGAAAUGUCCGUGGCCACAACCCUCUGGCCUUGAUGUAUCAGGAUGCCUCAAGAUGGGGAAUAACCUUUCAGACUUACGUGCAGCUUACCAUGCUGGACCAGCACACCACACCCCAGAUUUCACCGGUGCGGAUGAUGGAGAGAUCAAUUCACAGUGCAAAAUGUAUUUUUGUAGAAAACUUGUAUAAAAGUGGCAAGAUGCCUGAAGUGGAUUACGCAGUCCUAUCUGAAUGGUUUGACUGGAUUGUGAAGAACAUCAAUGUUUCUGUUGAUUUGAUAGUUUAUCUCCGGACCUCUCCUGAGACUUGUUAUGAGCGAUUGAAGAUGAGAUGCAGAGAGGAAGAAAAAGUCAUUCCAUUGGAAUAUUUGGAAGCCAUCCACCAGCAGUAUGAGGAGUGGCUCAUUAAGCAAACUCUCUUCAAAGUGCCCUCUCCUGUUCUUGUGAUUGAAGCAGACCAGGACAUGCAGAAAAUGCUGAAACUCUAUGAGCAAAACCGGGACCACAUAUUAACUGCAGGGGAGAUGAAACAUCACUUAUAGAACCAGGGAAAUCUAUGCGAUCAUAGAAGGAGCCUGUCAGGGUCUGUCAGUUUAGCCAUGAGGAAUAACUUUUUUUAAGGGCCACUCAAGUGAAUUUUCUGUCACAUCUGCUUAAAAUUAAAUGUAUGUUUGUAGAUAUAUAUGUAUAUAUGCAUAUACAUACAACACUAUAACAUACAUGACAUCAUGAGGGGUAUACCCACAUAUAUAUAUGCACACAUAUCUGUUUCAAUAUAAUAAGUAUUGAAGUGUGUGUUUAUGUAUAUAUGUGUGUCUAUAUACACAUAUGUACAUGUUUGUGUAUGCAUGUAUGUGUUUGGUAAAUUAUCAUGGUGUUCCUCUAUUACCUGACUGUUUACCAUGAGGCCUGUUGGUGACAUGGCCUAGCAGAUCUUGGGAUGUGGCCCGCCUGAGAUUUUUUACACCUAGUAUCUAUGAAGUAGCAGGCCAUUUAACUGACUGCGGACGGGUGUUGUGCUAGAAGAUUUGGACCAAUUAAUCCUGAUUGAAAUUGAAUGUCAUUCAUCAUGCAAGUAAAUUCAUGCAGCCCCCCCCCCCCCAAGCAUAUAUGGUCACUGCCACUGUUGAAGAACUGGAAUGCUUUUUUUCCUACUCUGUAACUCAGUUGUAGGAGGUAUGAUGGUUGACUUUCAACCUUUGGUACUUUUACUGUCCCCAAACCCAAGGAAUCCUUUUUUUGCUUUUUGUUUUUGUUUUUUUGUUGUUGGUUUUUUUAGUGAGGCAAUUGGGGUUAAGUGACUUGCCCAGGAUCACACAGCUAGUAAGUGUUAAGUGUCUGAGGCCGGAUUUGAACCCAGGUACUCCUGACUCCAGGGCUGGUGCUCUAUCCACUGCGCCACCUAGCUGCCCCCCUUUUUUUGCUUUUUGAUGACCUGGGAAUAGCUGCAAUGAUAGAGUCAGAUCCUUCUGACAACUCGAUGGUCCAGGCUUUUGUUGUGAGCAAGGGAAUGGGAGCCUGUGUUUAUAUAGAGAAUGGAGCCAAGUGUCAUUGUUGUCUGGUAGUUUGUUUGCCAAGUCAUUGAGGGGAAUAAACAGUUGUUGGAUUUGUUUUUUACAAGUCAGUGUUGCAUUUGGGCUCAUCAAAUACUAAUACUGUCAUGUGCUAGUUUUAACUGCAUUGUGAGUCUGGGUCAUCUUACUUGUAUUAGCAUGAAAUCAUGCGACUUUGGCGAGAGGGAUGGCUUCAUUUUCUAAGUGGCACCCUUUCUUACUGGUAGUGUAUAGGGAGACAAGAGAUGACCCUCUGGGAUACUUUAAAGCAGGGAUUUCACAUCCACAGGCCUGCCCACUGGACUGUUCGUAGCCCACCAUACUUAGAGGUAUGCCAUGAAGACCUUUGAUCCUUGGCUCAGACAAAUAGGGAAUUGGUUCAAGGAUCCUCAGGAAAGAAAAAAAAGACUUACCAUGAUGGCAAAUAGAAAUGGGUACAUACUUCAAAUAGAUGUGCCAUUUGAGUCUGAAGUCACUGUGUUCAUCAGGCAGACGGGAGAUCAGACCUGUUGGUUUUUGAGGGUCUUUCUAGCACUAAGGAUCUAGGAUGGCUUUGCAGAUUUUCUGUGGUAUUCAAAUGUAUUAUUUUUCUUUUUGGGGGAGAUUACUCUUGGCAUUUGGGUAGUUUAGUAAAUGCUGAGGAAAGAGCAAGAUUGCUGGGGGCUCUUUCCACUCUCAUUGACUACUUUGUGCCCUUUGAGGUCUCACUGGGAGCCUAAUCUUGGGGACAAUGCCUUGAGGCUCCAUGGCCUCUAAGGAAAUUCUGCUCCAUUGCUUAUGUUUUUAAAAAAUAUGCUUUUAUUCAUGCCUUUUUAAAAACAUCACUGAAAAAAAAUCACUGUAAUUUUCAGGAAUCCUCCCCUAGUUCCUCCCGCCCCAGAAUCAUCUCACACAAAUAGCAUUUUUCAAAGGAAAAAAAAAAAAGAAAAAUUUCAGCGUAACUGAUCGGUACAAUAAAAAAAUCUGAAAAUCUGUGCAAUGUACAACAGUGGCAGACCUCCCACUUUUGCACAUAGGUGAGUUGAAAGUGUCUUCCCUUGUCUCUUCUUUUGAGUUGCGCUUAUUUGUAAUUUUGCAACAUUCAUUUUUGUGGUGGUUCUUUGUAUUUAUAUUGUUGUAAUCAUUUUUGUACGUUGUUUUCUUGGCUCUGCUUACUUCACCCUGCAUCUUUUCAUGUAAGUCUUUUCAUGCUUCUCCAUAUUUAUCACAUUAUCCUUUCUCAUAGAACAGUCAUAUUCUGUGACAUUCACGUGCCACAAUUUCUUUAGUUACUACCCAAUCAACAGGCAUCUACUUUGUUUCCAAUUCUUGCAAAGAGUACUGCUGUAAAUAUUUUGGUGUAUAUGGGAACUUCUUAUCCUCCGGGUCAAAGAGUAUGGACAUUUUGUUCAUUUUAUUUGCAUAAUUCCACUGGUGUGAUUUACAGUAAUGUGCGUACCUUCCCACCUUUUGCCAUUUCUGUCCAUUUGAAAAGUGUGAAAUGCAACCGUAGGCUUGUUUCAGUUGGCAUUCCUCCACUGCUUUUAAGUGGUUUUAAGCUUGUUCAAGUAUUUCUUUUCCCUUCUUCAGAUUAAGGGGAUGACUCUGGAAAGAGCAUUGAGAUAGGAAUCAGGAGCAUUGGCCCUACCACUAACUUACUUUGUGACUUUAAGAAAGUAAUUUCCCCUCUCCAGGUCUCCAUUUCUUAUCUGGAAAAUGAAAGGUUUGGGCUAUGAAUUGAAAAUCCUAGAAUUUCAGAGUUGGGAGGGAUCUCAGAAGCCCGUCUAAUCGAGUCUGUGUCUGAAAAAAUAAAUUCUCCUGCUACACACUUAACAA